CGAACAAACUCUUCUGAGGCGACCGGCGCCGGAGAAGAAGCGAGCAUUCAGACUAAUAUGAAUACUCGAAGCGGCGAUGGUGAUGACGUUUCUGGUGCUCUACCGAGCGGGAGGAUGCCUCCGUUACGCUUGUCUUCUCCCGCUAUCCCCUUUCGCCGUUACGGACACAACCAUUUAAAUGGCAAGUUCCAGCUAAACAUACAACUGCGUACGCCACAUGGAAAAACAGGCGUAGAUGUUCACGAUUACGCUGACCCCAGUAACUCGCCGGUGAAGUUUUAUUCUUCGUGGCAUGACUUUCUAUCUCUGCGAUUGGUGCUAAGCUUGGCCAAUGGUAAAAACGAUACCAAACCGCAACUUGCUGUAUUGCCCAUUCAGGAUCCGACGGAGUGCUUUACUUUCCAAGCGGAUCACUAUUCAGACUUGACUUUGCAGUUGGAUGUCCUGCCAGUUUUCGGGAGUCAGUCCACCGAACUAGUAGGUCGCGCCAUGGUACUUCCCAGUUCUUUCGCAAACUUGAAAGGAACUAUAAUGAGCGCUUUAAUGAACAGUAAGCUCGAGAUGUUAGGGACGGUCACAUUUCAGUACAUGGUCAUUACCCCUUUGAGGACGCCUUCCUUACCCCCCUCAGUUUUUCAGUUAAGCAAGUCUUACUGGCGGCUCAACCCGCCGUUACGUGGUUCCCUGCCGCACGAGCCUGUUAAGGACUACGUAGACAAACAGUACCUCAAGGCAAAAAGUAUUGAUGGUAGUACUUCCACUCUGGCUUUUUUCACUUCUUUGGAAUCCGAAUAUAUCAAAGUGCAGUUAAAGAUUCUCGCGGAUGGCUCCCUUGUCGUCAGUGAUGACGCACGCGCUGUGAUCCCGCUUAGUUCCGGCGAGGUUCUUUCUCUCCCCUUUUCAUCGUUGACAUACCAGGAGCUUUGUGAAUUAUACACGGGCCACACUCGGCCUUUCUAUAAGCUUGAUGACCUUUUACAACGUUUUCCUCUUCGUAUUGGGAUCUGCCUUUUCCUUGGGCAACAAGAUGAAAAUCUUUCCUUUCCAAGGCUUGAUGGGGUCAUUGAUGCCCUCUUAAGUUAUAUCCUUAUAUUUGGGAACUCUCGUUCCUUUAUUUUCUCCUCAGAUGUAAAAGCAGUUUGUUUGAUGGUGAACUUGAAGCAGCCGAACUUCCCCGUUUUUAUUCAGGCGAGCCCAGCUAGAACAGCUCAUCAGGAUGACUCUCUUCAUCAGUCUCUUUUAUUUGCGAAGAGCCAUUCUUUGUUAGGUAUAUAUGUUCCCGCCUGGCUUCUUCUGGAAGCGCCAGUCCUGCUGGACUACCUCCGCCAGACUGGCAUCCUUCUAUUUUCGUAUGGGGAAGGUUCUCUAAUGCAAUAUUUUCAAGAAAGAGUAGACGGCUAUGAGUUUGGCAGUGUUAUUUAUGUUGGCAACAAACAAGAUACCAUGUUUAAAGGCUGUAAGCUUUCCAUACAAAAUUUGUAUUCCCUGUUUGCAAACGAACAGGCGAGCCUUGCGGACGCUCGAGAAGAAUCGGCUCUUAAAAGAUCUUUUUUCAAAAGUACGAAUUCUGCACCAAAUUCUCUGAAUGUUGUCCCCGCGAAACUUGUAAAAGAUACUUCUGCUAACGUACUGGAAUUUUUGUCAAGUUGA